GCACUGACAAAUGUUUCUACUUUUACUGGUGACAGGUUACCGUAGCUACUCGCCUCCACAUUUUCCUGUAAACUUCAAGGUUAGCUGUGUGCUUGCGAGAAAAAGCGGGGAAGGCUGGGCAGCUGCCUGUGCGUCCCAAGACUUUCCCAGGUGGCAGCGAGCUGAAGACUGGAAUCUCCUCCUUUCAGCACAGGUGCACCCUGAGGAUUUACCAGUCCUUCACUGGGGGGCAGCUGGGUUUAUUCUGAAGCAAUAUGCAAGAGAACAACAUCGACCAGCCGCCCUCGCUGUCUCAGCUCUUAAGGGAGAACUACCUAGCCGAGGCCAGAGCCCAGCAGCGUCACAGCGAGAUGAGCCGCUCCGACGCCUCGUCCUCGCGCCUUCAGAUCUACGGGUCGCUCAAAGGCAAGGCGGAGGACGCCAUGAGCCACAAUGACCCUCAGUUCCCAGACCUGUCGGCCUUCCUCAGCCAGGAAGAGCUGGAUGAGAGUGUGAACCUGGCCUGCCAGGCCAUCGGACACGAUCCCCGUGAGGAGAGGGCAGAGGUCAAGGUCCCCGUCACGCCUGUAGCCCCCUCCAGCGUCUCCUCGGCCUCAGUUUCUUGCUCUGCAACCCCUUCCGUUCCCUUCCUUAACCCGUCUCCUGCUCCUUCAGCUGCCCCUCCGGCGGUUCCCUUCGCUCAGCCAGAGUUUAAAGAACUGCCAGCGGCAAACGCGACAUACACAGCUGACAGAAAGGUGCACAAAGCGUCCACGCGGCAGGACAACAUGAUCAGGAACAGCAGGGACUCCGGUGAAGGAUUCCACGACUACAACAGGUCGUCGAGGAGCGCCCCGUACGGCCUGGAGACCCAGUCCAAGAAGGAGUUCCUCAACAAGGCGGCAGAUUUCAUCGAGGAGCUCUCCUCCCUCUUCAAGGCCAACAGCUCCAAGCGGGUGCGGCCGAGGUCCUGCAAAACCCACAGGAGCAGGAGCCAGAACAAGGCCCAGAACGAUGAGAUCGUGUACCCCCUCGCCUCUGACAACAGGGAGCGCUCGGUCAUGCCCGCGGAGCUGGAGAAGGAGGGACCCAGCCCCGCCGUUAGCCACCAGCCAGCGGUCCAGCUGGACUCUGGGACUGGACACGUGGAGUUUCAGGACUUCAGGAUUACCGAGGAGCCACAGUACAACUCCGUGCCCCAGGAAGUGGAGGAAGAGGCCGAGGACUUUGCCUCGACAGAGACUCCGUACGCGGAGGAGCCGGUGUGUGAGCCCCCUCAGUUCAUCCAGAAACUGAAAAGCAGGGAGGUUCCUGAAGGCAGCAAGAUGCAGUUAGACUGCAUUGUGAGAGGGCUUCCUGUGCCUGAAGUGCGGUGGUUUUGUGAGGGCAAGGAGCUGGAGAACAGCCCCGACAUUCAGAUCAUCACCAAUGGUGAGCUUCACUCUCUGAUCAUCGCCGAGGCGUUCGAGGAAGACACGGGACGCUACUCCUGCUUUGCGUCCAAUUUCUACGGUACCGACUCCACGUCGGCCGAGAUCUAUGUCGAAGGCGCCUCCUCUUCGGACUCUGACGUGGAGCAGCACUUUGAGCAUGUAGCCCAGCUGCAGAGGAAGCAACCACAGACGCCCUCAUCUUUACCUCCACCUUCAAGCCAAACUCUCCCUGCAGAGGAGGAAGACUCUGUGUCAUCCCAGCCUGCAGCAGCCACUGAAGAACCAGCAGAGGAGCUCUUCUCUCAAACAACGAACCAAGUCGUCCCAGAACCUCUUCCACCCGUCCAGAUUUCUGCUUCUGUACCUCCGCUCCCAGAAUUCUCCCAAGUAGCUGUGGCAUCCACAGCACACCCUGUUCAGGAGGAGGCAACAGUAUUACCUGUGCAGGUGUUCACUUCUACUUCUUCAGGCGAUGCAGGACUUACAGAAGUCCAGAGAGUGCUAACAGCUCCCCUAGGCCUACCUGCACCGCAGACUGUGCAGACGGCGAUAGCUCCAUCGCUGCCUUUAAACUCAGCUCCAGCACAAACAAUCCAGCCUGAGAGUCAAACAUCGAACCACAACUAUCCACAAGGAUUAAACGGGCAACCCAUCAUGGCCGCCCCCGUAUUCACAAAGAGCCUGCAGGACCUCCUUGCCUCAGAAGGCCAGCUGGUGGUGCUAGAGUGUCGCGUGAAGGGGUCGCCCUCACCUCGAGUGGACUGGUACAGGGAAGGAACACUCAUAGACGACUCUCCGGAUUUCAGGAUCCUGCAGAAAAAGCCCAGAUCUCCAGCUGAAUCAGAGGAAAUAUGCACUCUGGUCAUUGCUGAGGUCUUUCCUGAGGAUUCGGGGGUGUUUACUUGUACGGCAAACAACAAGUAUGGAACCGUGUCUAGCACUGCUGCACUCAGGGUCAAAGGCAAUGGCAGCAACAGUAACCACGUGAGGCCUUUGAAUAGUUUAAUGGUGAAGCCCGGUCCAAUGCAAGAGCAUUUCCCCCCGGCUCCUGCUGUGAACCCUCAUCUAGAGGUUGCUGUGACCAGCAGCAUCAAGCCCCACUCCAGCACCAUUCGCCUAGACCCUCUCAUCUCCAGCACCGUACGCCUGGACCCCUUAAACACCAGCACCCUUCGCCUGGACCCCCACAGCUCGAGCAUGUUGCGCCCAGAUCCUCUUCGCACCAGCCUGCCCAGUCUGGAGCCCUCCAGUCUGACCAGCAGCUCCAGCCUGAACGCCCGCAGCACCAGCACCCCAAACUUAGAUCCCCUCUGCCUCAACCAGCAGGACCAUCCCGGGUCCAUUGCAACACGUCCAGAAUCACAGAGCGGCAGACAGUACCUCUCCUACCCAAGACCUUUCGUUGCCUCAUCUGCAGCUGAGACUUCAGCUGCGCAGGAAGUGCCAAGACCCUCAGUGACGUCACCUGACACAAGCCCAAAAGUUAAAGGUUCCCCAAACCACCUGAACGGCACCCCCAUCGUGAUACCCCUGCCCGAUCCUCCUCCCAACUCCUGCCUAAAGACAGGCACCAUGACAAACCACAAACACUCACGCUCCGGCUCCAGAGUCGGCCUGCGCGUGCACUUCAAACUGCCCGAGGACGAGGAAGAGGAGCAAAGUGACGCAUCCUUUCUCUCUGACGAAGACCCAGAUCAGGCGUCAGCCAACAAAGAACCACCACCCGUGCUGGCUAAACCCAAACUGGGCCCGGCUCAGCUGCAGCUCCUGCACAACCAGGUCCUCAUGGAGCAGCAGCAGGACACCGACCCUCCGGCCCAGACCCGCACCCAGCCUCAACACAGGCCCCCAUUCCAGGUCCAGGUCCAACCCGAGGUCCAAAGCUCCCAGGAGGGUCCGCUGUGGUCCCCGAGAAUGCACCGUGAGCCCCCUUUCCAUACGUACCUUAACACGACGACCACCCCGCAGCAGACAUCGCACCCUGCACCCCCGCUGACCACCGCACCCCCUGCUUCUUCUCUGGCUUCUUCCCCAUCACCCAACCCCACCUUUUCACCUCUUCUCAACACUACUCCCUCUUUCAGCUCACCUCCCUCUGCUCCUCACCUUAAGACACCUUCAAUGGUGACCUCCCCUCCCCCCGCCCCACAGCUGAACACAACCCCUUCUUUCAGCAUAGCGCCCGUAUCCCAGAUUAACACCAUCCACGCCUCCCACCUCAACAUGUCCCCUGCAGCUCUCGCCCGAACCGCGCCCACGCCCCAAUUCUUCUCUCCGGCCGCGCCAAAGCUGAGCACAGUCCCCAUGGAUUCAAGCCCGGCUUUGCCGCAGAUCACAUCCCCCGCUCCGCUGCUGAGAAGCACCCACGCCUCACUCAUGAAUCUCAGCGCCACCUCCAACACCUUCAGCUACACCCGGCCCAAGGAGUUCAUAGCCGCUCAGACCUUCUCACCAGUCAGAAGUCCUUCCCCCACAGAAUCCCCGGUGCCGCUGCUCCACGAGCUGGCCGCCGAGUUCAACUCCUCCGCCGCCAGCUCCCCUACGAUCCCGCCGUUCCCGCCUCCGACCAGGAUCCUCCCCACGAGGGUGCUCAGGUCUCCCACCAGCCCUCCGUCCUUCGCCCCUUCGCCGACGCCCGGAUCAGCACCAUUCCACAACAGCGUGUUCGCCCUUCGAGCCCAGUCGCCGCCGCAAGCGCCUUCUCCCACCUCCAGCAGCUCCAGCCCCAGCCCCAUUCAAAACCCCGUAGCUUUCCUCAGCUCUGUCCUGCCGUCGCUGUCCCACAGUCAGCCCACCAACUCGAUGGGCCUACCCAGGGGAGCUCCAUUAGGGCUUCCAAAGAAGGCGCCCAAGAUGCGCCCCCCGUCGGCCGAGGAACUGCGUGAGAGCAGAGAAUCCAUCCUCCACGACAUCGAGAAGAAGCUGAACUUUAAAGAUGAGACUCCGCGUUUUACUCAUCAACAGAAGCCGAGUAAUGAGGGGAAAACAGCGAGCAGACCCCUUGGACCAAACAUUCCUGCUACUGUCAUUAACUAUGAUGAGGAGUACAAAGUGUCCAAUUUUGAGCAAAGGCUAAUGAGCGAGAUCGAGUUCCGCUUGGAGCGAACGCCGGUGGAGGAGUCGGACGACGAGGUGCAGCACGACGACGUCCCCUCUGGAAAAUGCAUCGCGCCCAUUUUUGACAAGAAGCUGAAAAACUUCCGGGCGAUGGAAGGCGUGCCCGUCACCUUCUCCUGUAAAGUGGUGGGAGUCCCACUUCCGAAGGUUUACUGGUUCAAGGACGGGAAGCAGAUCUUGAGGAAGAACGUCCACUACAAGAAGAUAAGAGAGGGGGACGGGACCUGUGCUUUACACAUAGAGUCCACGACCAGCGACGAUGAUGGCAACUACACCAUCAUGGCAGCUAAUCCACAGGGACGAAUCAGCUGCUCGGGUCACUUGAUAGUCCAAACGGGACCUCCACGAAACCGAAUGACGCCUAUUCACUCUCAGAGGGUGCGCUCCCGCAUACAAGAGGUUGAAAGUGAACAAACCGAGGAGCGUUUCUUCCGUCCUCACUUCCUCCAGGCCCCAGGGGACAUGCUGGCUCACGAGGGCCGGCUGUGCAGACUAGACUGUAAAGUGAGUGGCCUACCCAACCCAGAGCUGAUGUGGCUGGUCAAUGGGAAGCCAAUCUAUCCAGACCUUUACCACAAGAUGCUGGUGCGGGAGAAUGGCAUCCACUCCCUGAUCAUUGACCCCCUGACGCAGAACGAUGCCGGCACGUACACCUGCAUCGCGAGCAAUAAAGCCGGACAGAGCUCCUUUAGUCUGGAACUGAAAGUUGUGGAAAAAGAGAUGAAGCACCCUCCUCAGUUUCUGGAGAAGCUGCAGAACAUGGGUAUUCCUGAGGGGACCCCAGUGAGGCUGGAGUGUCGUGUGGUGGGUAUGCCCGCUCCGGCCAUCUACUGGAAGAAGGACAAUGAGACCAUUCCGAAAGCUAAGGACAGAUUCAGUGUGACCCAGGAUGCCACUGGAUAUGUGUGCCUCCUCAUCCAGCCAACAAGGAAAGAGGACGCAGGCUGGUACACGGUGUCGGCAAAAAACGAGGCUGGAGUCAUAUCUUGCACCUGCAGACUUGAUAUCUAUGCACAGUGGCAUCAGAACAUCCCUGCGCCCAUGAAGAAGGCUCCGCGAACGGGCAGCCGCUACGCCGCCCUGACGGGCCAGGGCCUGGACAUCAGGUCGGCCUUCCCCACGUCGGACACCAGCCCCAUCCUGUUCUCCAGCUCCCCUCCCGAGGCCAGGUUGGAGAGCGAGGAGCUGUGAGGAGCUCAGAGGCACUUUCCUGCACCUUCUUGAUACGUCGAAGCGGUGGAGGAGGAGGAGGAGCGUCAAAGGAGAGCGUUCAUCUGAGAGCAGAUUUUGUGUGAUGCAUUUGAAGUGAUACAUUCAGAUUAGAAGGACAGAGAUUUAUUGUGUUACAGCUAUCAACACUGAUAGUGGGUUUGUCACCAUUCCUAUUUACUCAAGUCAUAUGAAGAGUGUCUCACAUACAGAUUUAAAAAAUAACAAUGAUAACAGUACAGAUUUGCAAAGUCUUAGCUCAUGAGCCAUCGGCGGAGUUGAUAUCGUUUGAGGUUGAUGAAUGUUGGCGAAUACAGCUGAUUCUUAAUUAUUAGUCCAGUUCUCAAUAAGUGGCCGUAGAGCCACCUUUUUUUUUUUUCUUUCCCUACUGCCAGUCACAUAAACCUGUACUGGUAGCAGUAGUUUAUUUUAAAUUUUAUAUUGUUAUUCUUUAGAAGCUCUUGAAAUAGUUUAAAGUAUAUUAGUAGGCAUUUGAAUGUGUAAUUUAGAUGAGAGUUUAUUUAAAUAAAGAUUAAUGGCUCCAGCAGGGUGGGAUUCUUUCUACAUUUAGCUAAAUUAUUGAGGUUGAAGUUCAUCACUGGUUCACACAUUUUUUUUUUUUUUUGUCUUGCACCAUGAUUUACAUGUGCACGCACGCCGGCGACGGUCAGAUGUGACUAAACACACGCACCUUCUCAUGGUCGAAAUACUGCUGUGACGUCCCAUUGGUGGCUUGUAGCUGAAACACUGAAAACACUUUCUUUUAUUUUUUUUCGGAGGCCAUUUAAAUGAUCUCUUCGCUUACACAGAGGAACAUUUGCCUAAAAAGCGUUUGCCGGGACAGGCCCGUCCGUCGCCUUUUUGCUUUAGAGGUUGUUUUUAUGAAUGGAUUUAAGUCAUUUUGAAAAGAUACUGAUUUAAAAAAAAAAAAAAAAAAAAAGUUUGAAAGCACAUUUAACUGAUGUAAAGUUGCACAUUGUAAAAUAGUUUUGUCCUCCUCAGAAUAAAGUUAUAUUUAUUCAAGA